GGCCGGGCCCGGGCCGAACAGCUGCGGACUCCCCUUCCCACUCCCUGCCGCGGGAGCCGAGCGCCGCGGCGUCCGGCAUGGAUCAGUGCGUGACGGUGGAGCGCGAGCUGGAGAAGGUGCUGCACAAGUUCUCGGGCUACGGGCAGCUGUGCGAGCGCGGCCUGGAGGAGCUCAUCGACUACACCGGCGGCCUCAAGCACGAGAUCCUGCAGAGCCACGGCCAAGAUGCUGAACUAUCAGGGACACUUUCACUUGUUUUGACACAAUGCUGCAAACGAAUAAAGGAUACUGUUCAAAAAUUGGCCUCGGACCACAAAGACAUCCACAGCAGUGUUUCUCGAGUUGGAAAAGCCAUUGAUAAGAAUUUUGAUUCUGACAUUAGCAGUGUGGGGAUAGAUGGCUGCUGGCAGGCAGACAGUCAAAGGCUUCUCAAUGAGGUGAUGGUGGAACACUUCUUCCGACAGGGAAUGCUUGAUGUAGCCGAGGAGCUCUGCCAGGAAUCUGGUCUUUCUGUAGACCCAAGUCAGAAAGAACCAUUUGUGGAGUUAAAUCGAAUAUUAGAAGCAUUAAAAGUCAGAGUUCUGAGACCCGCUCUGGAAUGGGCAGUAUCAAACCGAGAAAUGCUUAUAGCUCAAAACAGCUCCUUGGAAUUUAAGCUACACCGACUGUAUUUUAUUAGUUUGUUAAUGGGUGGAACUACAAAUCAGCGAGAAGCAUUACAAUAUGCUAAGAAUUUUCAACCAUUUGCCCUAAAUCAUCAAAAAGACAUUCAAGUGUUGAUGGGAAGCCUUGUGUACCUGAGACAAGGGAUUGAGAACUCACCAUAUGUUCACUUGCUUGAUGCAAACCAGUGGGCUGACAUCUGUGACAUUUUUACACGUGAUGCCUGUGCCCUCCUGGGGCUCUCUGUGGAGUCUCCUCUCAGUGUCAGUUUCUCAGCGGGUUGUGUGGCACUGCCAGCGCUAAUUAACAUCAAAGCUGUGAUUGAACAAAGGCAGUGCACUGGAGUUUGGAACCAGAAAGACGAAUUACCUAUUGAAGUGGACCUUGGUAAAAAGUGCUGGUAUCACUCUAUAUUUGCCUGCCCCAUUCUUCGUCAGCAAACAACAGAUAACAAUCCACCUAUGAAGUUGGUCUGUGGUCAUAUUAUAUCAAGAGAUGCCCUCAAUAAGAUGUUUAAUGGUAGCAAGUUAAAAUGUCCAUAUUGUCCAAUGGAACAAAGCCCAGGAGAUGCCAAACAGAUAUUUUUCUGAAGAAAUAUGUUUAGUUUGCAGUUUGUAAGUGAAACUGAAUUGUGGGUUCAGAAGAGCACGUUUCAUUUGCAGCUAACCAAGGACUGCGUGUUUAUAUAAGCUCAUGCUCCAGAGACUGCCGACAUGCUCGUGUUCGCAGGGGAACGCUCCCGAUGAGGAUUUUCAUAGGGCUUUUCUAUACUCUUGGUCUUCAUUUCUGAUCAAGUGACUACACCAGCAGUUGUCAUUCAAUGCAGGUUUUUGUACUUAAUUAUAUGGUGAUUUUUUUACUUCUUUAAGAGCAGAAAUAGAAAUUGACCUCCUGCCAUGUGUUUAAUAUUCCUCUUGCUUUUACUUUUGUCACUUUCUUGAUAGUUGCUAAGCCUGAGAGUGUUUGUGGAAGAGUUUUCUUUCUUGUUAUAUAUAAGUAAUUAAAUGAAAACUCUUCGUAGCAAGUUUGACAAACUGACUUGUGGUUAUAAAAUUAGUUUGCAUUAUUAUUAUUUUUUUUUUUUGCUUAAGGAAGAAAGCUAUGAUAAAUUCCAAAUUUGCUUUUUGAUGUUUUCCUCUGCUCUAGCUCUUGCCUCAAAGUCAGCACACCUGCAUUUGAGCUCUUAGUUGCCCCGUCAGGCGGCCCGCUUAAAAUCCUGUCAUGAAUAUAGCAAGUCUUUGACUACACUUACAGUGGAAAAAGUAUUACUGUUUGAGUGAUUUUUAUUUUAUUUUUUAUUUUUUGCUUUUAUUACCAAGAGGUGCUUUUUUAAAAAUAUAUUCAAUAAAAUGAUUCUGAAGUUAGUGUCCUCAA